GAUACCCAGCUCAUUCUGAAGCUUCGCGUUUCAUUUCCCAGACUUCCAAUUCUUCGUGAGACUUGGCAACUAUUAUCGUUGUCAUCAUCACCGACUUGUAAUUACCGUAGCAACUUCCAUCGCUACUUCUAGUCACGCAACCCUCGAGAUUACUUCUUGUUUGCUUCUUUUGCAUUUGCAAAACAGAGAUACCCCAUACACCAACAAACUUAUAAUCACCCUCAUCAUCAACCAUGUCGACCGAAGCCACCAAGCCCACUGUCGUCGCCGACGCUCCGGCUGCCGUUGUCGAGGUCACCAAGCCUGAAGAGACCACCACUCCCGCAGCUCCCGUUGUGGAGGACAAGCCCGCUGAGACGGCUGCCGAACCUGCUGCUGAACCUGCUGCUACUGCUGUGGAGGAGGCCAAGCCGGUUGAGAAGAAGGAGAAGCCUGCUGUUAAGCCCAUCGAGCCGAUCACUGAGGGUUCGUUGAAGUACAAGGCUCCAGGUCUCCAUAUUUCUCACUUCGUUCCUCAGAAGAAGUACUUCUGGCUCGGCACCGAGGAGGCUGUCUCAACCCAGAGCCUUGCCUCGUAUCUUCGUGGCGAAGAGCCGAAGAUCUCUCAGCCCACUGCUGCCUGGGCCUCGCAGACCGGAAAGGGACUGCUGUUCUUCUCCAAGACCGCUGAGCUCAAGGCUACCCCCGCUCACGUGUUCAACCUGGCUGAAAUCACUGACCUCGAGAAAUCCGGCAUCCAAGACCUCUCCUUCAAGCUCGAUGGCGAGAAGAAGGCCGAGAAGCACGUCCUCGAGGCCAUCAAUAGCCGUGAGCGUGACGGAUGGUUGUUGGCGCUGAAGGCCGCAUCCGAGGAUGCGAAGGCCAAGAAGGAGGAGAUCCUCAACAGCGAAGGCUACAAGGCGAGCAUUGCUGAGCUCGGCAAGCCAAACACCGUCGCUGCAGUUGCCCCUGCCACCGCGGCUACCACCAAGGACAAGGCCGAAAGCAAGCCCGCCGAAACCAAGGUUGAGGCUGAAACCACCACCCCAGCCCCGGCCGCUGAGAAGAAGUCUCGUUCCAUCAGCCGUGGCAAGCGUGGCAGCGUGUUCGGCUUCCUGAGCAAGAAGGAAGAAGAGGCCAAGAAGGCCGAGGAGAAGAAGACUGAGACCAAGGAAGAGGAGACUCCUGCCACUGAGGCCGCGGCUGCUGUCGAGCCUGCUGUCGAUGCUCCGGCUACCACCGAAGCUACCGAAGCUCCCAAGGAGGAGGCCAAGGAGGAAGCCGCUACCCCAGCGACUGAGACUUCCAAGCCCGCUAAGCGCGCUUCCAUCUUUGGCGGCCUCCAGGAGCGCGUCCAGAAGCUCCGCAGCCCCAGCCACGAGAAGAAGGAGUCUGAAGUUGUCCCGGCCGCUAAGGCGGAGGAGACCAAGGCAGAGGAAACCGCGGCUGCUGCCACUGAGCCCGCGACCGAAACCCCCGCGACCGAGACUCCUGCCGUCGUUGCUCCCGCCACGGAGGAGCCCGUCAAGGAAGCCGACAAGCCCGCUGCCGCGACUGCGACUGCUCCUGCUACUGACCGCAAGCCGUCCUUCAUCUCCGGCAUCUUCAAGCACAAGUCCGAGAAGUCCAAGUCUCCCACCACCGAGACUGCUCCCGUCUUGCCUGCUCCUGCUGCCACGGAAGAGACUCCCAAGCCUGCCGAGGAAGCCGCUCCUGCCGUCCCCGCUAAGGACGAGCCUACCAAGGUUGAAGAGCCCGUUAAUGGCACCUCGCCAACCACCGAGACUGCUGCUCCUGUCGCUCCCACUAAAUCUGAGAAGCGCAGGUCAAGCUUCUUCGGUUCUCUUGGCGGCAGCGUGAAGAAGAUCGGUGAGAAGAAGCCUGCUGAGGUCAAGCCCGUGGAAGCCGCCAAGCCCGCGGAGACUGAGACUCCCGCCGCCACCGAGACUGUUGAGGCUGACAAACCCGCUGAGGCCGUUGCUGAGACCGCUACCCCUGUGGUUGCUGCCACUGAGACUCCCGCCGCCGAGGAGACCAAGUCUGCGGAGAAGAAGGAGGAGAAGACGACCAAGUCCCACGUCUCCAAGGGCCUCUCCGGACUGUCCCGCAACUUUAGCAAGAUUAUCAAGGGCGGCAAGGACAAGGCUGCUAAGCCUACCUCCAGUACCGAGAAGGGCGAGGCGUCCAAGCUCGCUGAGGAGGCCAAGCCCGCCGAUGAGAAGGCUGUCGCGACCGAGGAAACCGCCAAGCCAGCUGAGGAGACCAAGCCUGAGACCACGACGCCGGAAGUCACGAAGGAGGAGAAGCCGGCUGCAAUUGGCGAUGUCACCGCAGAGAGCGUGACCGUGUCGGAUCCGCCGCCAGCGGGGAAGACGGUUCAGGCGACUGCGUAGGUAGACCUUGAUGAUGCGAGGAGGAUGAGCAGCUGAGCUGGAUCGAGCUAGCUAGCUGGCUG